UAACAAAACUUCACGAAACGUUUCACCGCGUCGAGCAAACAACAGCUUUAAGACAUUUUGGAAAGAAAUAGCAGAUUCGAAAUAAUCGUCUACGCUUACCGAGCUUUUUAUCCUACUCUUCUAAAACGAAACCCCAAAAAACUGGCCAAUCAGAUUCCGACACAUGGCGGAGGAUACCUGCCGGCAGCUCAUAUCUGACCCUCGUCUGACCGAAGGACCUCAAUCCUUUUUGGAAACAGUGAGGUGUCAGCAUGUGGCUCACACCGUUGGCCUUUCUGACUCUGUGUGUUUCGGGGAGAAGCGCUGAACGUGUUUCAGAAAGCAGCGCUGAGAUGGAAAAGCUUGUCAUAGCCAGAGGAAAACUUAUGGCUCCCAGUGUAGUGGGAUGAUCCAUAAAGAAAAUGCCAGAGCUCUACAAUUUCCUGAUGGAGCGAUGGGCAUUGUAUCACAACCUAGAGUACGAUUCAGGAGAGGAUAAAAACCCCCGGCUGAUCUUCUACAACGAGAAGGACGAGGAAGUGAAGGUCGUUCCCGUGAAGAAGAUGAAGGCCGACGAGAUCAGCAGCUUGCUGGAUUCUCUGGGUUUCUAUAAGAGGUCAGAGAAAGGCGAGGAAGUCCCUGAGGAGUUCAAACUGUUCCCGCUGAAGGCUCCCCGGGACGAACUCUGACCCCCGCCGGUCAGCGCCGGGACUGCAGGCCGCCCUUCAUGACGCGCGGAGUCUCAAGGCUGAGAACACGGCCGGACUCCGCGCCGACGCGCCGCUGGCUGGACGCGGUCACACACACUCAAUAAACCUCUCACUGCUUUA